AACACAACAGUGUAACAGCGUAAAAGAAAAAAACAAAGGUUUUAUUGUUGACGAAAUAACACUGACAUCACAUAACAACAACAUAAGAGACCGUGAAAAAAUGGAUUUCACGGGGAAGGACCUUUUCGGCGAAGAUUCCGACAAUGAUAAAGAUGGGACCCACUCUUCUUCUUCGUCUUCUUCUUCCUCCGCUGCUUCAUCUUCCUCUUCUUCUUCAUCUUCCGCAGCUUCUUCCUCCAAAGGUUCCGCAGAUUCCUCUUCCGAUACCGGAAGCGGAGCUAGUAGCGGCGGUGGCGGUGAUGAUGAAGAAAACGGUGAUGUUGUUGAUAGUAGUAAUAGGGUUGAUUCUCAUCAUGAUGAUGAUCAUGAUGAUAGAGAUCUGUUUGGUGAUGAUAAUGAAGAUUAUUGUAAAACCCUUGCUAAAAGUCCUUACCCUAUUCCUGUAUUGCCUCCCAUCCGCAACAAUACGAACAACCCGGGAAGAGGGGGUGGUGGACGUGGUCGUUGGCAACAAGGGCAGCAUAAUGAUAGAGGAGCUGGCAUUCUUCCGCGUCCUGGACCUUAUCCUCAGAGGCAGAAUUUUGGGUAUGGUAAUAGGUUUCAGAAUGGCCACCGCGAUGAACGUUUUGUCUCUGAAAUGAAGCUCUCGAAAAGUGAAGAAACUCUGUCAAGAAAGGUUAUUGCUUUUCAAGAGCCUUGUGAACUUGCCUGCUAUAGUCGUGCAGAAGGCGGGGAAGUGUAUUUUGACGAUCGUAGCUUGAGACUUUUUAAACGCCAUAUCACUGAAGAUAUUGGAGCUGAUUUGAACGAAGGAUAUGAUACAUACAUUCCCAAAAAAGACUUAGGCUCAGAAGGUUAUGGUGAUCUUCUUGCUUGCAUCAGAGAUAAAAAAAUCCAUCUUCAAAACAUCCAUUUUGUGACGUACCGCAACAAUCUGAACAAGAUACUUGCUACAGCUUAUAUUCGCCAUGAGCCUUGGGAAAUGGGAGUACACAAAAGGAAUGGUGUUGUCUAUCUCGAUGUGCACAAGUUACCAGAAAGACCGCAAAGUGAUUUAGAUCGCAGGAGAUGUUAUCUGGGUUACUCUUUUGAGAGCCUUGCCACCGAAGAUCCUAAAAGAGCAGAUGGAGAGCCGAUACACGAUGUUGAUGCCAAUGUUGAAUUUUGUUCUGUGAUUAAGACAAAAUUGGGUGCUCACCGUAUCUUGAUGGGUGCUGAGAUGGAUUGCUGUGAUACGACUACUGAUGGGAAGAGAUUUUAUGUGGAGUUAAAGACAAGUUACGAGUUGAAUUAUCAUAAUGAGGAAAAAUUUGAGAGAGAGAAACUGCUAAAGUUUUGGAUUCAGUCAUUCCUGGCAGGCGUUCCAUAUAUUUGUAUAGGAUUUAGGGAUGAUGCAGGCCGUCUUGUUCGGACUGAAAUGCUUAGAACCAAAGAUAUUACGCAGAGAAUAAAAAUGAAGGGCUACUGGCAGGGUGGAGUCUGCCUGGCGUUUGCGGACGAGGUAUUAUGCUGGCUUUAUGGAACAGUCAAAGAAAAUGAAGAUUACAUAUUGCAGUUCGCGCCACCUUUCAACCGUUUGGAACUUCUGCAAGCUCACUCGUGUCCAGAUGUAAUAACAAGUCACCUGGAACUGUUGUGAAAAAUUGCGAACCUUAACAGUUGCUCCUAAUUUUUAAACAAUUCAAUAUAGGAAGCAAGGGAUCAACUCGUAAUUUUUCCCAGCACCUUCGAUCAGAUCAUGAACUUUUGGGAUAAGUGUACUCUAUGUGAGUGCUGAGAAUUGUAUCAACGUGUUAUUAGAAAUAUGCAGUAAUUUUAUUUCA